GGUCCACUUCAGUGAAACUGAUACACAACUAAAAGGUACAAAAUAUUAUAUAUGUAAUACUGUCUGCCAUUAUGGAUGGUGUCUUAACAGGGAAUGCAUGCAAGAAUAGCUUGUACGUAUGGGUGGUGGUCAUAUCCUGUGGUGGGACUUCACACGAAAUAUAUGGUUAACUCCGUCCUUUUAGCUCAUAACCUGUAUGUCACGGAAGUGCUCACAUAACUUCAGGUCCUAGUGUUUAAAGAUGGUUCACCUGUUUGUUUUGUUCUGCUUGUGGCGUCUAGCUGGUGUUUUUGCUGAUACGGUUACUAUGAAGUCAGUGUCAGUGACGGAGAGAGAUUCAGUCACUCUAGACUCUGGUCUCACUGAAAUAAUAGAUGAUGAUCUGAUUCUGUGGAGGUUUGGAUCUGAAAACACUUUAAUAGCUCAAAUCAAUGUUAUUGCAGACAGUAUGACUGUAUAUGAUGAUGUUCUUGAUGAGAGAUUCAGAAACAGACUGAAGAUGGAUGAUCAAACUGGAUCUCUGACCAUCACAGACACUAGAACAACAGACUCUGGACUUUAUCAACUACAUACCAGCAGUGUGAGGAAGUGUUUCAAUCUCACUGUCAACGCUCGCCUGCCUGUUCCUAUCAUCAGCAGUAAUUCUUUAUCAUCAUCAAGAUCAUCAAAAUGUGAACAUCUCAACAUCACUGAUCUCUGUCAGAAAUGUGCAGAUUUACAUAGAUAUUGCUGUGAUACAUUUGAAGCUGUGAUCCGAUUGGUUGUCACUGCUCUGGUGGGCGUGGCUGCUGCAGCUGCUGCUGUUCUUCUGAUCAAUGACGUCAGAUCUACUAGAGGCAGUGGGUCGAUUGGAAAAACGGAUCUGAAAACAUAG